AUGCGAGCACAGGUGUUGGAGGCGUUCAACACGCCUUACAAAUUCAAAGACGUCCCAGUACCGCCAAACCCAACCGGUCAAGAUAUUCUGGUCAAGGUCGGAGCGGCAUCUUACUGCCACACUGAUGCUGUCUUUGCGUCUGGUGCCAUGUGGCAAGACCUGCCCCGGAUAGGAUCACACGAGUUUGCUGGCACGAUUGUUGCCAUGGGUCCGGAUGUUUCACCGAAACUGAAUCUGAAGGUCGGCAUGCCAGUUGGCGUUCCGGGUCGGGCUUUCCAUCCUUGCGGGUCGUGUUACGAAUGCCGCAAUAACGACGGUGACCCAGAAAAGUAUGGGGUAUGGUGUCCUGAAGCUGGCAACCUAGGUCUCUCGGCCAAUGGCGGGUUUCAAGAAUAUUGCAUUGCGGAUUCUCGCCAGAUCGCCCCCAUGCCAGAAGGUAUGACGGCUGUUGACACCGCUCCCCUCAUGUGCGCUGGUCUGACUAUCUGGAAUGCACUCGAGAGAGCGGGAGUUCAGAUGGAAGCAGGAGGUGGAAAAGGGCUUACGAUUGCCAUUUCUGGUGCUGGUGGUGGCCUUGGUCACCUGGGAGUACAGUUCGCUAUUAAGCUGGGAUGCAAGGUCGUAGCCAUUGAAGCGUCUGACCCGGCUUUGGCUCUUCUGAAGGAUGUCGUCAUGGAUCUAGGACCGCUAGGGAGCGGUGUUACCAUUGUUGAUGCAAGGCAGCAACCUGCAGAGGACGUUCGUGUGUCAAUUUUUGGGUCUCCGGAGCCUAAUUUGGAAGGCGAAAAGGGGGUUGAUGGAGUACUAAUUCUUCCUGAAUCGCAGAAAGCUUUCGAAUAUGGGAUGAAAUUGGUCAAAAAUCAUGGCAUUUGUGUGACCGUUAGUUUCCCCAAGGAAGGUUUUCAUAUGCAACCACGAGACCUCGUGUUCCGCCACAUCUCCAUGGUUGGAGUCUUGGUUGGCAGAAACCGACAGCUCCGAGCCAUGUUGAAUUUCGCAGCAAAGGAGGGCGUGAGGGCCAAAGUAACUACCUACAAAUUGGAGCAACUAAACGAACUGGUGGAGGACUACCACAAAGGUUCAAGCGGAAAGCUGGUGGUGGACAUGUCUAAGUGA